AUGUCCAACAUCUUCGGCAAUCUGAACAAUCAGCCUAAGCCCGCAGGCUCCAACAUCUUUGGUAACCUGGGCCAAACAACGACCACAACAUCGCAAACGACCCCUUCACUAUUCGGUGCAGCACCUACCACGACUACCUCAUCCGGCUUUUCCUUGUUUGGCACAGCUCCAGCAGCAUCUAGUGGAUCUCUAUUCGGUAAUCUAGGAGGCAACAAGACCACAGCACAAACCGCCCCAUCGCUAAGCGGCUCUACCCUGUUUGGCUCACCUGCCCCUUCACAGCCAGCACAACAGUCGAGCGGCGGCCUCUUUUCAGGCUUGUCCGGGGCGUCAAAGCCGCCAGCGCCAAACUUGUUCAAUGGUCUAUUCGGAGCUCAAAAUCAAGCACAACAGCCGGCCUCAGGAACUGCCACGUCGCAGCCUGCACCGACGCAAUCGCUCUUUGGCGGGCUAGGUCAGCAGCAACAGCAACAGCCUGAGCAAACGCAGCAGCAGCAGCAACCGCAAAAUGGUCCAUCAGCGCAGGCAGCGUACUUCGACCACCUGCUCGAGCGCGGCAAGAAGAGGAACAUGCAGGAUGGGGCGAGCGUAUUUGGGGAGCUGCCCAGCUUACAGUUGGGGCUUGGGGACAUAGCGCGCAAGGUCAGGAAUUUGGGGACUGGUGGGCCUAGCGCGCAGGCCGCAAAGGGGGACAGCAGGGCUCAUUACCUCCUUGCAGCGUCAGGCGUUCAGACAGGUCCUGCUCUCCGCGAGCUCAACUCCUUCAGCGUUUCGGCCGGCGUUGGCGCCCCAUCCUCGCUCCCACCCGUAGACACUGACCUGGACGCGUACGUCUCGAAUCUUCGCACACAGUCCACACUCGAUCUCAUUGCGGAAGGCUUGGAGCAGUCCAAACGUGACUUCGACAAUUUCUUGGAGGAGAAUGUCCAGAUUGAAUGGGAUGCGCAGCGUAGGAAGAUAUACGAGCAUUUUGGGUUAGUGAGGAAGGACGAGCCGCUCAACCUUAGCACCAAUGGCGCCUCGACCAGCACACCCGCACAACGAGGCGCAUUUGGGAGAUCGUCGCGCAGAGCAAGGCCUUUGAAUGCGUCUGCGUUCGGCGCUUCUGGCAUGGCCCGGUCGGUGCUUGGGGCUGCGCCAGGCACUGUGACCGAGCAAGGCGAAAAACCCCCAGAAGACAGGUUCUCGAGAGAGAAGCAAGAGAAGUACUCCGAGAAGGUCAAGCAACUCAACACGCUGAGACAGGAUGGCUACGUCUAUCCUGUAAUACAGAACUUUGCUGAGGUGGAGGCACAAGCGGGAGUUGAUAGCACGUCCCAGUUGGUCGACGCGUACAAGGCGUUGGUCGACAUAACAGGUGAAGAUGCGAGCAAGCAACUACAGUCCGAUGCUGGUGCAGUCAAGGAGCGACAGUACGCAAAGGACUAUCUAGACGAGGCGCCGAAUUCGCAACGAAGUAUAGCUAUCCGGAAGCGGAUCCUGGACGGCUCGCGCAGGUUCUUGGAGAAAUCAUUCUACCGUCAACUUGAAGCUGCAAUAGCAAAAAACCCGCGGGAAGCCAAUCUUGGUGGCGUCCCAUCCACUUUGAACAAGAUUCGUGCCUACAUCCGACUCCGCUCUGCGAGGAAAGAACUAGGUGCCGACAAUGUGCAACUUCAAAUGCUCGGCGACGACUACUGCUGGGUUCUGAUCUUCUACCUCCUGCGAUGUGGUCUUGUCAGAGAAGCGGCACAGUACGUCAUGGACAAUGAGCGUGCCAUGAAGAGCAUGGACCGGCCAUUCCCACAGUUCAUGAUGGCCUACGCCAACAGCGAAGACAGGCGCUUGCCGCCGGACAUGCAGAGGUCCAUUAGCGGCAUAUACAACCAGCGCGCCCAUGUAGCGGUGGACGAAACUCAAGAUCCGUACCGUUUGGCCUGCUAUAAAAUCCUGGGUCGCUGCGAGCUAAGCAAACGUAGCUUCGACAGGAUCAACCAAGGCAUGGAAGACUGGGUAUGGUUGCAGUUCAAUCUUGCUCGAGAAGUCAGCCGCGUAGAGGAAUCAGCAGGAGAGGCAUUCGGCCUUGAGGAUCUUAGGGCUACGAUCAAAGAGAUAGGCCAGCGGCACUUUCCCGCCGGAUCAGAAGCCGCUGGGGGUGGAGCGGUGUACUUCUUCCUGCAAAUACUUUCUGGGCUGUUUGAAGAAGCUGUCGCGUAUCUGUAUCGGCACAACUACGUGUCAGCAGUGCAUUUUGGUAUAGCGCUGGAUUACUACGGUCUGCUUCGCGUCUCGGACUUCAACGUUGCCGGGUCAGAUCUCUUGACCUAUACAACCAAGAAUCAGCCUCAGAUCAACUUCGCCCGCAUGAUAGGAAUGUACACAGCCGACUUCCGUGCGGCAAAGGCUGAGACGGCUGUCGAUUAUCUCGCUCUCAUCUGCCUAAACGCUGAUCUGCCCGGACAACUAGGUCAAUCACAGGCCACAGUGUGUCACGAAGCACUGACCGAGCUCGUACUGGAAACGCGCGAGUUCGCGCAGUUGCUCGGCGAUAUCAGGAGUGAUGGCUCCCGAAUCCCAGGAUGCAUAGAACAGCGAAUGAGAGUGAUCAAGGUUGCCGAUCAACGAACCUUUCUCAAGAGCAUCACCGUUCGAGCAGCCUCAGUAGCCGACGACAGCGGCCGCAUCGCUGACGCGGUGCUUCUAUACCAUCUCGCAGAGGAGUACGACAACGUGGUCACCAUCCUUAACCGCACCCUUUCCGAAGCCUUAGCAGUCGACCUAGGCCAAGACUCCAUGCGCCUCGAGCCCCUGCGGCCCCGUCAACCCCAAUCCAACUCCCCAGGCCAGCAGCAGAUCCAAGACAGCAACAGCAGCCUCAGUCUCACAAGCGUUGAAGACCCCGCCAUCCUCGCCCAAAACUUCGUGCGUGUUUACGAACGCAACGCCAUGUACGAGCGCAAGAUCCGGGCCGAGAAUCGCGACGUCCUGAGGCUCCUCCUUAAGAUCAACACCGUCAAAACGCACAUCUCCGCCGGCCAGUGGGACGCAGCUCUCGACGCCGUCGUGGAGACCUCGCUACUCCCCAUCAACGCGAAUGGCUCGCUUCCAGCUAUCAGAGCUGCGGCGCAGAACUUCAACCAGAGCUCCACGGUGCUGUCGAAAUGUAUUCCGAACUUGCUUGUUUGGACGAUUCUGGCGUGUGGACGACAGAGGGAGCAUUUUCUGCAGGGGCAGUUUGAGCCGAAGGCGAAGGAGGAGAGGGCGGAGAAGUAUCUGUCCGUCGCUCGGGAUUUGAUGGUGUUUGCCGGGUUGGUUAGGUUUAGACUUCCGCCGAGGGUUAGUGAGAUGUUGGCGAGGGUUGGCCAGGAUGUUGGUGUUUGA